AUGUUAAGAGCUGCUUUGCUACACUACCUGAGGAACAAGGACAUGCAACUGGACGCCCGGGCCCCAAAACCUGAGGAUCCUGUUUUCGGAAAUGUCCCCGACCAAGGCCCAGCCAUUAACGACGACGUCGACGACGAUGAUGAUGGAUUCGGCUACAAUGAGUACGAAGCGGCUGGACUCGUGUCACAGCACAACCCAGCAGCCGGAAUCAGUGGUCGCCGUCUGCUCGCAAUCAAGCAAUGUCCGCCACUCCAAUAUGUCAUCGAGCAUGCACAGCAGGUCCAUCCUCCUUCACAAAUGGCUAUCAGAACAUGUUCUUUGAAGCCAGAAUUUGAAGAUGGAUGGGUCCUCGAUCUGGACUACCUUGGAGAUGAGGGAGAUGGUUUACCUUAUUACCAUGCUCGUGUAAAGCCGGCCCCGGAAGAGGAUACAGAGACAUCUAUUCACUCGCCCAGCCCCGCGCCAGUUUUGCCUGCUCCGUCCCACCCUCCGGCUGUCAUUGCAUUACAGAUACCCUCGGCGCCCUCUCAGCCUCCGACCGACCCUACACCACAGGCGUCGCCAGCGUCCUUCCACCCUGCGGCCGAAUAUGAUGGGGAACUGCUGGACAAUAUAUGUCCAGCUCACCUUUUCCGUGUCCCAUGCCAAUUGAAUGAGACGUGCCGUCGUCUAAAGCUAUGCACAGUCAGUCGCUAUCCCCAUUGA